GAAAGAGAGGGGUCUGCAACUUAUUUCCAUUAAUGGUGAUGGAAGAGAGGGCAAUGCAAAUUGAUCUGUCUCUGAAGUUAGAAGGCCAAGAUGAAGGGGAAAAAGAUGAAGAAAAGCAACACGAAAUAUCACUAGAUGAUAAACAAGGCAAAUUGCACCAUGAAGAUGGAAUAGAAGAAGCAGAAAAGAGGGAAGAAGAUCAAGAUGAUGCAUCGCCAGAAAAUCUCUUGCAGGGAAACAAUUUAAAGAUAGAAAAGCUAUCUGUGCUGCAGAUGGAAAUGGACCGCAUGAAAGAGGAAAACAAACAGUUGAGGAAGGUGGUUGAACAGACCAUGAAAGAUUACUAUGACCUUCAGAUGAAACUUGCAGUCAUCCAACAGAAUGACACAAAACAAGACCCUCAGAUCUUUCUGUCACUCCGCGGAGGUCCCAAAACAAUUCAAGCAUCGAAACAAGUGCCUGAAAUCGAAAAAAAUAACAAUAAUCAAGGAACCCAGUUAACAUCUGAAGCUGACAGUGGCGAAGAAGAUGGGGAAUUAGGAUUGACCUUGAGCAUGGGAUCUCAUGUGCAGCAACGGGGAAGAGAUGAGUCUACAGAAGAGAGGAAAAGCAUGGAACCAAUAAACAAGCUUCCCAGGACGACCCAAUUGCCGGGGAUCACAAGCUAUCCUCCUAACCCACCCAACAGAAAAGCAAGGGUUUCAGUCAGAGCAAGAUGUCAAGCACCCACUAUGAACGAUGGUUGCCAAUGGAGGAAAUAUGGGCAGAAAGUUGCGAAAGGAAACCCUUGCCCAAGAGCCUACUAUCGUUGCACAGUGGCUCCAGGCUGCCCAGUGAGAAAGCAGGUUCAAAGAUGCCUAGAAGACAUGUCCAUACUCAUAACAACAUACGAAGGAACUCACAACCAUCCAUUACCCGUCGGUGCAACUGCAAUGGCGUCGACGACGUCCACAGCGGCGACCUUUAUGUUACUGUCAGGAGUAAAUUCAGGUACUCCUGUCGUUGCAGAUGGCAUCAUCAGUGAUGCACAGACACCCAUUUCUUACCGCAGUCCUCAUUCAAUAAGCCCUCCUCCUCAUUCAUCAUCAACCCUCAGCAACAUCAUAAACGCUAGCGACCACUCUAAAGGGAUUGUUCUUGAUCUUACCAACAACUCACAACAAUUCUCCUUUGCUGGUUCUUCACAUUCACAGCCACAGCUGGUUUACCCAUGGAUGUCUAGUAACUCAGGCCAUCAUCAUCAUAAAGCUGGUUCAUAUGGUGGUCUGUCAAUAAGCAACGAACUGGGUAGCCUUCGAGGAGUGGAUAAGGGCAACUGGAAGACGGAAGAAGAGAAAUCGUCUUUAGCUGAAAACGUCAGUUCUAUUGCUUCGGAUCCCAAGUUCAGGGUCGCUGUUGCUGCUGCCAUUACAUCAUUCAUGAGUAAAGAGAGCCCAAUGGCUCAGCCUAAUGGGUCUUCUUUGGUACUUGGGGAUGGGGAAGCUGCUGGUAGCUCUAGUGGCAGCAAAUGGGUUGCUGCUGAGUUUCUCCCCGCUUGUGGUAAGCCGCUUCAAUAACCUUAAUGCAGUGAAGGGCAGUUCCACCAAAUUUUGUAUAAACAGAUCCAGGGAUAUAUAUAUUUACAUGAUGCAUAAUUAGUUUAUCUUCAAUUUAUGUUGCUUAAUUAAUUAGGUUUGGUUUUAAUUUCUACUAAAUAACGUUGCUUAUUAGAUUCAAAUUUCUUUUAAAUACUUGGGGCUGUGGGUCCCUUGAAUUUGUUUCCUCUUUUUG